AUGAAGACUGUGAGACUCUUAUCUUUUCUUGUUUUUUUAAGCUACAUUAAAUGCAAAACUCUUCAGAGAAGUUUACAAGAUGCAGCCAUGAAGCACAUUUAUAGCCAGAAUUAUUUGGAGGAGAACUUAAAAGACAUUACCAGCAUUAUGGUUGCCCAGUUUCUUCAGAAAGCGACUUAUGAAGAAGUACAAACCAUUGUUAAAGAGCUGCUAGAUCUUGCAGAGAAGUGUAAGGGCCACAAGCCACAUGAGCCACCUUCACAAUGCUCUCACCAAUUGAUGAUUACCUUCCUACAGCGUGUUUGUAGCAGCCAAGGAAUGGCUGACAAAUACGGGUUUUCUGACUGUUGCAAUAAAAAUAGCACAGCAAGGCACAAGUGCUUCCUGUCACAUAAAAAAGAUGUUGCAGGUUACAGGGAUACAUUCCAAAUUCCAAAUCCUGAGAUCUGUGAGAUGGACAAAGAGAAUCGAGGGUCAGUGAAGGACAGGUACAUGUAUGAAACUUCUAGAAAGCAUCCAUUCUUGUAUGGACCCACUCUUCUGACCUUAUCUGCUUACUAUGAGACAGCUAUUCAGUCAUGUUGCCAAGAAGAAAAUAAAACUGAAUGCCUCCAGACGCAGCUAGAACCCAUCAGAAAAUAUGCCAGAGAAAUAUCUUUGAGGCAUCAUCAUUUAUGUGAAAUUGGGACUAAAUUCAAUCACAGAGUAGCAAAAGCAGUGGAAUUAGUUCUGCUGACUAAAAAAGAACUUAAAGCUAACUUUUCUGAAAUUGCCAAACUGACCGUGGAUAUUAAAAAUUUGCAUGAGACCUGUUGUGAAGGAAAUACAGUAGAAUGUGUGUUUGGCAGGAGCCAGCUUAUGAACUAUACCUGCUCUAAACAGGCUAUCUUACCCAGCAGAAUUACUAAGUGCUGUGAGCAGCCAGAGCCAUUUCGAGGGGAAUGCAUUAUCACCUCAGAAAAUGAUGACAAACCUGACCUCUCAUCCCUGCCACUCAGCAGGUUUACCGAAGACAGAUUUGUAUGCAAACAAUUCACUGACAAGCAAGACGACUUUCUACAAGAGUUUCUUUAUGAAUAUUCAAGAAGACAUCCAAAAUUGGCAGUUCCGGUGAUUUUAAGAGUGGAUGCAGUGUAUCAAAAUUUAUUGGGAAAAUGCUGCACAUUACAAAACCCGCUGGAAUGCUAUAGCCAUGGGAAAGAGAUAUUCCAAAGAGUGGUUCAGGAAAGCCAUGAGCAUGUAAAAUAUUACUGUGCUUUACAUGAGACAUUAGGAGAGAGUAACUUCCACAACAGGCUCAUAGUCCUUUAUACUAAGAAAGCCCCACAACUAUCUGCUGAAGAGUUGGUUGUGUUCACAAAGAACAUGGCAACUGCUGCCUCCAAAUGCUGUCCAUUGAGUGAGGAACAACAGUUUGCCUGCAUUGAGGACUCGGCGAAGCUAAUUCUUGGAGCUUUAUGCAGAAGACAUGAGGCUGAGCCUAUCAAUACUGGUGUAGGUCACUGCUGUGGUGACUCCUAUGCCUUCAGAAAGCCAUGCUUUGAUGAUCUGCCAGCUGAUGAAACUUAUGUUUCUCCGUCUGUACCCUGUGACCAAAUCAUCAGCCUUAACGAGGACUUGUGCAAAGCUCAGGAGGAGCAACUCCAAACUGAAAAGCAAAAGCUACUCAGCAACCUUGUGAAGCAGAAUCCCCGUGCAGCAGAGACACAGCUCCAAUCAAUCGUCAGAGAUUUCGCUUACCUGGUGGAGAUGUGCUGCCAAGUAGAGAAAAGUGAAAUGUGUUUUCAAGGAAAGCCAUAUAUCUAUAGUCCAGUCAGAGGUUGGCAAAAUUCAGUCCUAAAUCUGGCCCUACCCCCUCUUUGUGUAAAUAAUUGGCACACUGGCACGCCAAUUUACUUACGUAUUGUCUUUGGCUGUUUUCUGGCUACAGCAUUAAAAUUGCAUAAUCGCAGAAUUGAGUAG